AUGAAAGCUCUGGAGAAAUUUUGUGACGAUAUUUCUAAAUAUUAUGCAGAAAAGCAUGAAUUUUACAGCUGGUACGUAUUGCUUUGUGUACUCAACGCGAUGUUGGCUCUUUCAGCCACAUUUGGGAACAUCAUCAUCAUCUGCGCGCUGACGAAGACUACUUGCGCUCUAUGUACGUCAAAGAUUCUUCUGCGUGGUUUGGCAUUCACCGAUCUUGGAGUUGGUUUAGUUGUGCAGCCGUUGUACAUAUCUGUGAUCGCUGAGAUACUCCUGAAAGAUUCUUUUUCGUCUAACGAUUCUGAGUGCAAUACAAAAAUUGCUUUCCUCGUCUUGGGAACGUUUCUAACCAGUGCCUCAUUCUUCAUUGUUUCAGCGAUCAGUUUUGAUCGCUUCCUCGCUAUUACACUUCAUUUACGCUACAGAGAAAUCGUGACAGAGAGGAAGGUAACCAUCACCAUUUCUGUCUUGUGGGCGCUUAGUGCAGUAACCUCGGUUGGGUAUUUGUUAAUCGGAGAUAUAAAUCGAGAAGUUGUUUCUAUUGCCUUCACGAUCACUUUCCUCGUAACAACCACUAUAACUUUUGCUAAAAUUCAUCUCGCUGUCCGCCGUCAUCGUUCGCAAAUAUCAGCGCAGGAGAGAAAAGUUUAA